AAAAAAAAGGGCUUGCGUCAACGUGAAGGAGUGGGUCGAGCUUUAGGAGCUGUUCAUACACUGCUUGGGAACGCACAUCAGGAUCUGGUUCCUGUCUGUUCCAGAGCAGCUGCAAGCCUCGUCCGAGUCUGGAGAGAUGGACUUCCGCAAAGUCGUAGAACUGAAGGCCUUCGUGCAGCUCUGCUGUGACAAUCCCAGUGUGUUGCACCUUCCCGAGCUGAGCUUCUUCCGCGACUGGCUGCAAGGCAUGGGAGCUACGAUCCCUCCGCCAGCCCAGAAGGAAGAAGCACCUACAUCACCUAAAGAGGAGGAGGCCUCAUCUUCAGCAGCCCCAGAGCCCCCGUUGUUGGAGAGCGAGGAGAGUGAGCUGGAAAUCGAUAUGGAUGGUGUGAUUGAACCUGACAACGAUGAACCUCAAGAGAUAGGAGAGCCAGAGGACAUAGAGGUGACUGAGGAAAUGAUGGACAAGGCUAAUGAGAAGAAAAUGGAGGCCAUUGUUGCUCUUGGGGAAGGAGAGCUUGAUAAAGCCUUGGCUCUGUUCACUGAAGCCAUUAAGCUAAACCCGAGACUGGCCAUUCUGUUUGCCAAGAGAGCCAGUGUGUAUAUUCAGAUGCAGAAGCCCAACGCUGCAAUUAGAGACUGUAACAGGGCCAUUGCCAUCAACCCAGAUUCUGCACAGCCCUACAAAUGGAGAGGCAAGGCACACAGGUUGCUUGGACACUGGGAAGAGGCCUCAAAGGAUCUUGCCAUGGCCUGCAAGCUGGACUAUGACGAAGACACUAGUGCUAUACUCAAGGAGGUCCAGCCCAAGGCCAAUAAGAUCAUAGAGCAUCGGCGGAAAUAUGAAAGGAAGAGGGAGGAGCGAGAGAUCCGUGAGAAGAAGGAGCGGGUGAAGAAGGCUAGGGAGGAACACGAGAGAGCACGGCAGGAGGAGGAGGCUCGGCAACAGGCUAGAGGCGCCCAUGGAGGAUUCCCAGGUGGAGCCGGAGCGUUCCCUGGAGGAGCCCCACCAUUUGGCAUGCCUGGGCUGGGUGACCUUUUCAAUGACCCUGAAGUGCUUACAGCUUUGAAGGACCCAGAGGUGAUGGCAGCUUUCCAGGAUGUGGCUCAGAAUCCUGCCAACAUCGCCAAGUACCAGAACAACCCCAAGAUCAUGGCUCUCAUCAACCAACUGAGUGCUAAAUUUGGGGGCCCUCAGGCUUAGGUGGCAGGGCAGGUGCCGUUACUGCUUAGCGUUCAAAAGUAAGGGCUCAAACUUAGAUCUGAGGUGCGGAGUGACAGGAGUCAAGUGCUUUCGGAUUAGGUGAGGGGUAGCAGACAGCAGGAUGAGAGAAGGAACAAAGAUUCUACAAAUCAGGGGAAAGUAAAGCUGGGAUUUGCUGGCAAUUAUGGAGGACUUGGGGUUAGGUUUUCAGACAGACUUACAAAUCGGGACAAAAUCUUACAAGCACUUAAUUUGGGGGCUAGGAGAUGGGGAGGUUCUAUAGCCAGUUACCAAUGCUACCCUAUGGCUAGCUUUCACACUAAAGGUUUCUUUAGCCCUCGAACAGGGUUAACUGAGUUGUGAGUAAGUAAACACUGGUGUCCACCAUUAUAGGCCACCUGUGCUACCUUCCAGCUUUGCUCACCACCAGUGCAUCACUAAUAAAUGGGGCUCUUGAUUUAACCAGCUACUGCUAUUCUAUAGAUAGGGUGGCAGUCCAGUUUUGGCAGGUGCAGCAAUUCUCUCAUUAGGGUUCUGUCCCACUAACUGCUGUUUUUUGGAAAUUAACAUUCAUCACACUGUUCAUUUCUUUAAACGAAAUCACCUGUGUAUAAUUGUUCUAAUUUGUUUGCCAUUUGCACUGGAGCAUUGUGAAUUAAAGUGCAGUUCUUUGUUUCACCUACACUGGUAGCUGAUUGUC